AGGUGAGCGCUUCCACCCCCGCCCUGCUCCCAGCUCCCUGCGGCGCGUUCUUCGAGGGGCCGCUGAGGGAGGAGGCCCGAGGCCGGCGCAGCGGCCGGGCCGGGGUCCCUGGGCGCGGGGCUUGGCGCGGCGGCCUUCCCUUCCUCUCCUCGCCUCCUCGUCUGCUCCCCUCCUCGCCCCCUCGCCUUUCCUGGCCCAGUCGGGUGGUCGGGGCGGCGGCAGGCGAGGCUGGAGCUCGCCCGAGCCGGGCCCGCUGCGGAAAUGGAGCUGGGGGUUUUAAACUGCGGACGUUUCCCUCCAUGUUGGCGGCGCGGCGCGGCUGUGGCGCGGCGGCGGCAGGGAGGGUUCGUGGGCGUCUUUGUCCUGCCCCGCCGCAGUCUGGCUCCCGGCCCCUCGGAGCGCCCGUCUGACAGAUGAGCAGACGGCCCCGCGGUCCUGCAGUAGGAGGCGGACAGGGCGCGGCGACCUGGCGGGACGGGGAAGGGGCUGCGGCCGAGGUUAAUUAUAGAAAAUGCCAAGUAGGAAAUUUGCCGAUGGUGAAGUGGUAAGAGGUCGAUGGCCUGGGAGUUCACUUUAUUAUGAAGUAGAAAUUCUGAGCCACGACAGCACCUCCCAGCUUUACACUGUAAAGUAUAAAGAUGGAACAGAGCUUGAAUUGAAAGAGAAUGAUAUUAAGCCUUUAACUUCCUUUAGGCAAAGGAAAGGUGGCUCAACUUCCAGUUCCCCUUCCAGACGCCGAGGGAGUCGAUCAAGGUCACGCUCCCGAUCCCCUGGUCGACCACCUAAAAGUGCCCGCCGAUCUGCUUCUGCUUCCCACCAGGCCGACAUUAAGGAAGCAAGGAGGGAAGUGGAAGUUAAAUUGACUCCGCUGAUUCUGAAGCCAUUUGGAAAUAGCAUCAGCAGAUAUAAUGGGGAGCCUGAGCACAUUGAGAGAAAUGACGUACCUCAUAAAAAUACACAGGAAAAAUUCAGUUUGUCACAAGAAAGCAGUUACAUAGCUACACAGUAUAGCCUUCGUCCAAGAAGAGAAGAAGUCAAAUUAAAAGAAAUAGAUUCUAAGGAAGAAAAAUUCGUUGCAAAAGAACUGGCAGUGAGAACCUUUGAAGUGACCCCCAUCCGGGCAAAGGACUUGGAGUUUGGAGGAGUACCUGGUGUGUUUCUCAUCAUGUUUGGCCUGCCUGUGUUCCUCUUCCUGUUGCUGUUGAUGUGUAAACAGAAAGAUCCCAGUCUUCUGAAUUUCCCUCCGCCUUUGCCAGCUUUGUAUGAGUUAUGGGAAACCAGAGUAUUUGGGGUCUACCUCCUGUGGUUUUUGAUUCAAGUCCUGUUCUACCUACUGCCAAUUGGAAAGGUUGUAGAAGGAACGCCUCUUAUUGAUGGAAGAAGACUCAAGUAUAGAUUAAAUGGAUUCUAUGCUUUUAUCCUGACAUCUGCAGUCAUCGGAACAUCUCUCUUCCAGGGCGUAGAGUUGCAUUAUGUGUACAGUCAUUUUCUUCAGUUUGCACUUGCGGCCACUGUUUUUUGUGUGGUCUUGAGUGUGUAUCUCUACAUGCACUCUUUGAAAGCGCCCCGGAACGACCUGUCGCCUGCCAGCUCUGGAAAUGCUGUCUAUGAUUUCUUCAUUGGCCGUGAAUUAAACCCUCGAAUUGGUACUUUUGAUCUCAAAUACUUUUGUGAAUUGCGCCCCGGAUUGAUUGGAUGGGUGGUUAUUAACUUGGUGAUGCUUUUGGCUGAAAUGAAAAUACAGGACCGCGCUGUUCCAUCCUUGGCCAUGAUUUUAGUUAAUAGUUUCCAGCUUCUCUAUGUGGUGGAUGCUCUCUGGAAUGAGGAAGCGUUGUUGACUACCAUGGACAUCAUCCACGAUGGAUUUGGAUUCAUGCUGGCUUUUGGAGACUUGGUGUGGGUUCCUUUUAUUUACAGCUUCCAAGCCUUUUACUUAGUCGGUCAUCCAAAUGAAGUGUCUUGGCCAAUGGCUUAUCUAAUUAUUGUUCUGAAACUUUGUGGUUAUGUAAUCUUCCGAGGUGCAAAUUCUCAGAAAAAUGCAUUCCGGAAAAAUCCCAGUGAUCCAAAGCUUGCACAUUUAAAAACCAUUCAUACUUCAACGGGAAAAAAUCUUCUAGUUUCUGGAUGGUGGGGCUUUGUUCGCCACCCCAAUUACUUGGGUGAUCUCAUCAUGGCCUUGGCGUGGUCCCUCCCAUGUGGUUUUAACCACAUUCUGCCUUAUUUCUACGUAAUUUAUUUCACCAUGUUGCUUGUCCACCGAGAAGCUCGUGACGAGUACCACUGUAAGAAGAAAUACGGCGUGGCUUGGGAAAAGUACUGUCAGCGUGUGCCCUACCGUAUAUUUCCAUACAUCUACUAAUGCUCUUCUGGCUUAUCUACAAAAUACUCCUGCAAUUCCAGCUGCCAUUUGCGAAAACAAGGAAAAAAAUCCAAAACUUCCUUUUGUUGCACUGACAGGAUCUGUAAAUUUUUUUUUUUCUUUUUGAGUCAGGACUAUAGAGCCCAGUAGUUGAUCUUUUAAUAUAGCCGUGUUUACUUUUAUUAAAUUAUAGUUAACAUAGGAAAAAUACCAGUAAGGAUGUGAGAAUUUGCAUUUUAAUGGGAAAUUUUCAACCCUUAAAACACUGAAAACAGGACAGUCUUAAUAUAAAUGUACUGUGAAGAAUACUAUUGAUGUUUAUGGUUUCUGAUUACUUUUCAAAUUUUGAUUUUUUUUUUUGCCAGUUGGCUUUUCUUAAAUGAAAACACUGUUCCAUUUAAAGUACAUUUAUGUUUUAUUCAGUAAGAGAAUAGAAUUUUCAUGUUUUUCUUUAAAUCCUUUACUAAUUAUAUAAUUUGAAAGCAAAAAGAAGGGCCUAUUAUUAAAUGCUGAAAGUGAAGAGCAAUGAGAUUAUUAGCAGACACUGCUUAAGGGAGACAAUUUGUAGCAGUUGGCUUAACCUCAACUUCUAAAACUACAUUUGAAAAUGUAAAUACAUAGCUUAGUUUUUUGUAAUAUAUGGUGACUUCAGAUUUUUUUGUACAGUAUUUUGAAUGUGAGAUGAUUGUCAGGACUGUCUUUUUAACAAAACAUUUUCAGUAUUUUAAAGUUUUGUAAAGUAAUGUGAAUUAAAAAUUUUGGAACAAUUAGAAUUCAUUCACUAUUGUAUAGAAGAUGCCGUUAAAACAUAGGAAGGGUAUUUUUCUUGAUCCAAAGUUUGUGAAUUUGGCUUUGCUACCUCAAUUGCAGGUGUUUGUUUGCCUUUAUAAACUGUUGCAAAUAGAAAAAAGAUAGAAUAAGUAUAUAUUUUUGGAGUAACAUCAAUAUUUAAAACAUUUUUACACAGAUCGGUGUUUGAAAAUUUGCCAUUUCAGGCUAAUAUUUUUAUAUAUUUUUGACUUUUUAAAAGUUCAGUGUUUUUGCUACUGUUAAGCUUAUGCAGUUUAUACUGUAUUUUUUAUAUAUCCUUUAUAUUUACAAAACUUUACUCCCUGUAAAGGAGUGCUAUCUUAAAAACAACUUAAGGGGUUAAAGUCGUUUCUUUAAUAGAUGUGCAUAAGGUAGCUUUAGGAAUUAAAUUCUAGUGAAGUUGAUAUAGUCUCAUUUUUAAUUGUCCUGUAAUGGAACAGUAGCAAAUUCACUAAACUUUUGUGUUCAGAGUUAAAUUGUUCUCAGUACUUUAAAUGUAGGGGAAUGUAAUAAACAUAGUGUAUAUGUUUGGGUUUUAAUUACACAUUUUAUAUAUGAGCCAUUUAGGUAUGCAGUGUUAAUUCUGUACUGCAUUUGAAGUGUAUGUAACUUAGCUUAUGUUAAUGCAAUCAUGAAGUUGGUUUGCUCUAGCGUCUUGUAGUCUUUAAACAUUCUUUUAGUGAAAUUGUCAUUGUUUUAUCAGUGCUAAUGUGUGCAAGCAGUUUUUUUAUUUUGCUUUUCUCCUGGCAUCAGAAAGUGGUGUCCCAGCGUUUUCUGUACUGGAUUGCACCAAGGAAGCUUUUGGGGAGGAAGGAAGGACAUUAAAUUCUUUCCCUGGUAAUGAAAAGAGCCCGUUAUCAAUACAGUGCUGCAGUUUCUGGAUAUCAGCUACACUUUGUUUUUAAUUUUGUUUUUGACAUGUUUACUUGGCAAAUUUUAUAAUGAAGUUUUAAGUUGAAAAUAAAUGUAGCAACAGUUUGAUCA